CACCGCUUCCAGGGUCUCGUUACCUCGGGUGGCGUGUGUGUCUGUCUUAGCGAACCUGUCCCUUUUUAUCCCCCUGCUGGGGUAUCGCCUGUCCAUCACUUCAAACAGUUCAGGGUUCAAGGGGGGGAGCCGCUCCAGACAGCUCUCUCUCCCACAUCCCUUCAUUACACAUCUCCAGACGCUGCUCCAUUGUUCCUUAUCUCUCCUUCCCCUGAGGGCAGGUGGCAGACCAACUGCUGAUGCCACUGAUGCUAGCCCAGGCCAGCAAACAUCUUAAUUUUAUGUGUAUUCUCGUAACACCAGCUUUGCAAAUUGUUUCCUCUUUAGCUGGAAGUUCUCAGGCGUCAAGUUCUGAAGAAUAUAAGCAUGAGAUACUUUCCAGAGUGAGGUCAGGAGCGGGAAAGUGUAAUGUCUCUGAGGUACAACAAGGUCAGCCAGAUGAAACAAGGGAAUCAAAACUUAAAGGCCUGAAAUGUGUGGAGACCAAAUUCAACAUGAUAAGACAGGACCUCGCAAGUAGACAGGGUGCAGCAACUUGCAGCGUCUUUACAGAUGUGGCAAAUGAUUGGGAUUAGGCAUAUCCAUCCAACACAAUGAACUCUCUGCAUUUGUCAGGCAUUAUGGUGUUUCCAGAACUUGACGCCUGAGAACUUCCAGCUAAAGAGGAAACAAUUUGCAAAGCUGGGCGUAAAAGUUUAUCUGAGCGGGGCCGAGUGCCGUUCAUUGGUUUAGUAAAGAGCAGUUUCUGUAUGACUUUCAGAAUCACGACCACCGUGAUACGUGCCGAGUGAUGGAGCGUUUAGUGAACGCGGGUCAUUUUCCGCAAUGGACAUCAGUAUCUGACGCUUAGCCUACAUCAGAUCCCUCGCUUGGGCUCUUCAGUUCAUCCCGUCAUGUGAAACGGGAAACGGUGGAAAUUUAUGGAUGUAAUGUUAAAUAAGUCUCCCAGAAAAUGCGGAUGAGAACAGUAAAUGAUUAGUUUAUUUUCACGAUGCCAACACAAGCAUGGGAAAGAAGUGGCCCCACACUAUAAAGUUAUUUGGUUCUUCGUUGUGAAGAUGUUUGCAGUGCUCUCAGCGCUCCAUUUUCUCACACUCUGUGCCCCUGAAAUCUCAGCCCAACCCGAUAGAACCAUUGAUGCCCUCGUUGGACAAGAUGUUAAUUUCCCUGUGGAGAAUCAGUGCGAAGAUCAAUUUGUAGUAACAUUUCAGUUACUUUCCCCGGUUGAUGCAGUUCUUGCCUCGCGGGGAAUGAAUAUGUCUGGGACACAGCACCCACUGUACAAGGACAGACUGUAUUGGAGUGCGAAUGGUUCCCCGGUGCUGGUCAAUGUGCAGGUUAAUGACAGUAAACGAUAUGCGACCCAAAUCGACUGCUACCACGAGUCCUCAAUGACCACAGCGAAACAGAUCUACGACUUGCGCGUGUUCGAACCAGUUUUGAAGCCAGUGAUAACUCCAAUUUGGAAAUGUCCGUCUCCAAAUAUCACUCUGAGCUGCUCUGUCUCCAAUGGAGCAAAUGUUACAUUCUACUGGAAUAUUCUAUCCCUGUCUGAAAACACCAACAGAACCUUUGAGGGGCCGGAACUGGUGGUGAACCAUGAGAAUGAGUGGAAACAAUACACAUUCAGGUGCAUAGUGAAGAACAGAGUUAGUAAUGCAAGUAGUGGACUCACUAUUACAGAGUUGUGCAAUGAACAUAAUUUUGCAAGUGAGCUCUGCCGAUACAUAUUUGCAGGAACAUUGCUGUUAGUUUUUCAUUUAAUCAUACUUAACUAUCAAAAAGUAAAAUCAGUGCGCAAACAAAAUAACAGGGAGAAAAGAAAGCCUGGGGAGAAAGAGGUUUCUCUUUAAAAUGGAAUUAUUGAACCCACAUAUAUUGAUACUUUGGAUUCAUACUAAAGAGAGCCCAUUAACUGGACAGUCAUUCUUGUACCGUUUGCCACCAAUUGAAAGCUGGAAGAAAAUGAGUGAACUGCAGAAUGAGAGUCAGUCAUAUUGAAUUUCAUCCAACUCUGUAUGACGCUGCAGUGGAACAGCAAUGGAUUUCAUGGCAUUACCAUUGCCCAACUGAACUGAAAGAAAUCAAAGCCUGAAUUCCAAGUAUGGAGAUACAUCAUCUCUACAAAUUAACGUAUUUGUUGAUUAUAAGAGGCCUGGUACUUUAUAUUUCUGAAAUACAUCAUCUGAAGCAAAUCUGAUUUACUUUAACUGAAGUAUCCUGAGGAUAUUGUUUCUAAAUGUGUCAUUUCCAGCUGGAUUUUCAUGUCAAUUAGGGUGAAAUUAAUUUUUCUGGAUUGCAUGGCUGUAAAUUAAGAUUGAGAAUGAUCCACAAAAUUGGAACUAAUCAUUGUCAAUUUUAAUAAAAUUUUUCAACCACCAUACUGUCAGUUUUGUAUGUUCACAAACGACAGAAAACUUGCAGAUGCUGGAAAUCUGAGCAACACACAAAAUGCUGGAGGAACAUUUCAGCCCAAAACUUCGACUGUGCUCUUUUCCAUUGAUGCUGCCUGGCCUGCUGAGUUCCUCCAGCAUUUUGUGAGUUUUGCAUGUUGAUCAACCCCAUGAGGCUGACACUGCAGAUAAUGUGAUCAAUAACCAAAAGUGGUUUUGUCAUGAAUAUUGAGUGAAUAUUUCAUUUCUAUGGUCACUUGGACUACCCUCCUCUUCAUAAAAGCAGGGAAAAUAGUACUGAGUAUUGUAAUUUAAAAACAUUUUACUUUCUUGCCUCUUAAUAAAAUCUUUCUCUUUAUUUUCUUUCAGUAGCUGAUUUGACA